UCAUUCUGUACCUAUCUCCUGCCUGGCCACAUCAACUGGUCAUCAGGACAGUGGCAGAAGAUGCUGCUUCUCCUUCUGAUCUCAAGUGCUUUUGUCCUGCCCUGGGCUGGGGCUGGAAGGAUCAUUGGUGGGAAUGAAGUUGUGCCCCACUCCAGACCCUACAUGGCUUAUGUAUUAAUGCAUGUUUCAAAUCGGUCGGGCUCAAAGGCUUUUUACUGUGGAGGGUUCCUCAUUCGCCCAGAUGCAGUGCUCUCAGCAGCUCACUGUGUGCCUAAAAAAGGGACGGUGAAGGUCACUGUGAUUCUGGGAGCCCACAACAUCCGUGUCCGAGAAUGGAAUCAGCAGUGGAUCAGUGUUAGAGACUGGGUUUUCCAUCCCCGCUAUUCCCCUGACAGCGUAAAAUAUGACAUUGUGCUGCUGAGGCUGAUACGACGUGCCACGAUCAAUCAGAAUGUUAAACCUAUCUCCAUACCCUGUAGAAAUGAACGUGUGAGAGUGGGAACCAAAUGUAGUGUGGCUGGCUGGGGCUGGACGUAUUUGACAGGGCAUUCCAGUAAUGUGAUGAUGGAGGUGGAUCUGAAGGUGCAAAAUGAUAAGCUGUGUCAGCAGCUAUCCAGUACCUACCUGCGUUGGUCCAUGAUCUGUGUUGGUGAUCAGAACAGUAGAAAGUCAUCUUUUGAUGGUGAUUCUGGUGGCCCAUUAGUCUGCAAUCAGAAGGCUCAUGGCAUUGUUUCUCAUGGAAUGGGACGCAGACUCUUCCCUGAAGUAUUUACCAGAGUCUCAUAUUUUGAGCCCUGGAUACGUCAGCAGCUGAGGAGGUUUGCGCUCCAAGAGCUGCCUGCCUCUCCAUCCUCCCAAUAA